AUGUAGCUGCACAGACCACAACCCCACCCGAGAGACAAGUCAACUCACUACACAAAACUUUUCCGGAAAACGUGGGGAGCUUCUUCAGCGAUCUAGCUGAGGCACAGGGGACUUUCCACUUUUCUUUUCUCCAAACCUUGAACGCAGGAAACUGAAGACCUGUCUCCUUCAUUCCUCGCUCGCUCUCUCUCUCUCUCUCUCUCUCCCAGUAUGGCAGCGUGGGACCUGGCAGUCACAGUGGAGGAUCUGGGGCCCGAUUCCCCACCUGUCAACCUCAGCGUGACCUCUGAACUCCACGUCGGAGGGGUCAUCCUCAAGCUGGUGGAAAAGACACAGAUCAAGCGGGAUUGGUCGGACCAUGCCCUGUGGUGGGAGCAGAAGCAGCGGUGGCUGCUGAGGACGUCCUGGACUCUGGAGAAAUACGAAAUCCAUGCUGAUGCUCGGCUGCUUUUCAUGCCCCGGCACAAGCCCCUGAAGCUGGGUCUGCCCAACGGCAUCACCCUGAGGCUCCACGCCUGCUUCUCCGGCCCCGUCUUCCAGACCGUGAUGGGCAUCUGCAGGAUGCUCAACAUCCGUCACCCUGAGGAGUUCUCCCUCCUUCGGCCUGUAGAGGAGAAAAAGAAGAAGAAAGACAAAGACUCAGCAGAGGAGAUCUACGACCUGACCGAGGUGCCGCUCUCCUCAGUGUCCCGGCCUUGUCUGUACAACGGCAUGCCAGCUCACUUUGCUGACUCACCUCAGAUGGAGGCAAUCUACAAGAUGCUGUCGGUUACUCAGCCUCCGCCCGCCCCAGAAGUCAUAGCCAAGCAGUACCGCGCAGCCAGCGUGGUAGACAAGGCCCAUAUCAAUGGCAGGUGGUUGGACUCAUCCCAUUGUCUUAUGCAGCAGGGCAUCCGAGAAAAUGAUCGACUCUGGCUUCGCUUCAAAUACUUUGCCUUCUAUGACAUAGAACCCAAGUACGAUGUUGUGCGUCUGACCCAACUUUAUGAGCAGGCUCGCUGGAACAUCCUGCUGGAGGACAUCGACUGCACCGAGGAGGAGAUGAUGCUGUUCGGAGCUCUGCAGUACCACAUCAGUAAGGUGUCUCAGUCGGAGCCCCAGAUGUUGAGCUCAAAUGCAGCCAUGGACGACCUGGAUUCAGCCCUGCAGUGUCUAGAAGUCAAGAUGGAAGGAGAGAGCAGCUCCGCCUCCGAUCUGCUGGAAAACAUGACUGCACCAGAACUGAAUGACUAUCUGAAGAUAUUCAGACCGAAGAGGCUGACACUGAAGGGAUACAAACAAUACUGGUUCAAGUUCCAGGAUACAUCCAUCUCAUAUUUCAAGAGCAAAGAGGAGAGCAUCGGAGAGCCCAUCCAACAGAUAAACCUCAAAGGGUGUGAAGUGGCGCCAGACGUUAACGUGGCUUCACAGAAGUUCCAAAUCAGACUCCUGAUACCAGCACCUGAGGGAAUGAACGAGGUCUAUCUGCGCUGUGAAAACAAGCAGCAGUAUGCUCAGUGGAUGGCUGCAUGUCGGCUGGCCUCCAAAUGCAAGAGUCUCGCCGACAGUAGUUUCCAGAGUGAAAUACAGAGCAUCCACUCUUUCCUGGCAAUGCAGCAAACCAACCCUGGUUCCCACGGUAACGCACCUGCCAGUGAUGAAAGCAUCAAUACCCACAGUCUGGUAUCGCCACGCUACCACAAGAAGUACAAAACCAAACAGCUGACCCCUCGUAUCCUGGACGCGUACCAGAACGUGGCUCAGCUCUCGCUGACUGAUGCAGUGACGCGCUUCCUGCAGAUCUGGCAGGCUCUUCCGGACUUUGGUCUCUCAUACUUCGUUGUCAGGUUCAAAGGUAGCCGAAAAGACGAGGUAAUGGGCAUCGCCCCGAACCGUCUAAUCCGCAUUGACCUGGGAGUGGGUGAUGUGGUCAAGACAUGGCGUUACAACAACAUGAAGCAGUGGAACGUCAACUGGGACAUACGACAGAUGGCCAUCGAGUUUGAGGGCAACAUCAACAUCGCGUUUAGCUGCGUGACUGCUGACUGUAAAAUUGUUCAUGAGUUUAUUGGAGGCUACAUUUUCAUGUCAACACGCAGUCGUGAGAAGAGCGACACGCUCAAUGAGGAACUCUUUCACAAGUUGACCGGAGGCCAUGAAGCUCUCUGAGACGAAAACACACCGUGCAUUCUAGGUUGCAUUCAGUCGAGUGCAAAAAAAGUAUUAAAAAGAGAUAUUCUGCUCAUAUGUUCAUGUGUAAACCCACUUCAUCAGCCCACUUAUGUUUUUAUCUAGUGUUAAAUUCACACACACUGUUUUUCGUCAGAGGAUGGAGGACUUCACAUGAGUUCAAGACAAGUCAAGUGGUCCUCAUGCUGACUUCUACUUGCCUUCAGGAUGGAGUAAACAUCUGGUUCAGCAUCACUGGGACAAAAUAAUUUCAUGGAGCUGUAACUUCAACGCUUGGAUGAGCCACCAGCUACUUUUCUUUUUCACCCUUUAGUAUUCAGACUUGUAAUCAGUAUUAUUCAGUAUGCAAAGCUAAACUUUGUCCACCACUGCAGUCAUAUUAUCACUUAAACGUCUGUAAGUAAUGAAUGUUACAUAAGGGCUACAUUAUUAUGAGAGCAAACAAUUAAAAAUACAAUCUUUGCCACAUGAACAUAUGGAUGAACAAAGAUUUAUUAGGAUAAACACAAUAAUCCACUUUUAAUGAUCUGUUGUCUUCACUCCGGGUAGUUGUGACAUAUGGUGGUAACUUCUGUUGUUUGUUACGCAGGAAGCUUCUGAUCAAUUAUCUCCUCUCACAUGCUGUGAGUGUGUCCAUAUCUUACAAGACACAGUAAAGUCAGUCCGUUAAAUAAAAACCACAGUUUCUGCACCCUCUGCUUUCCUAGAGUCACAUGUCUAACCACACACUCAAAUGUUUGUUGGCUUGUUGUGAGUGUGUGUGUGUUAUAUAUUUUAUAACUUUUUAGUAAGAUUGACCAGGUCGUCUGUUCCAGCAAUAGUUUCUUUAGCACUAACAAUACAAUGGGAAAAUGUAAAAAGUGAAAUUCGUUAGCUUAAGUUGGUUAAUUUGGUGAUAAAUAAAGAUGCUUCCCUACA